CGCCCCAGUUUUGGACGGAAGAGCAAGCCACACGCGCGGGUCAUAGUACCUUCCGCACUCCGCGUACGCAACCAACCAACCGAACUUCGCUUCGCGAGUUUCCCGGCGCGGAAAAUAUUACCGUUUUUAAAAUUCAGAACACCGGCCAUUUUGUGAUGAAACAUUUUUGGCUUUGGACCGAAGUUUUAGCCAUUUUACAUACAGGCUGAUAGUUUUUGUUUAGUUGAAUUGAAUAAAACUUUACUAAAACAUACGUUAUGUCUAGCAAAUUCUUAAGUGUUCUAUUGGUGACUGCUCAUGUAGCUGUGGUAUGUGUACUCACAAAGACAAUACAACCCCCUAAUGAGAUUAUAUUUCAAUCAAAAUUGGACUCUGAAGAAAGCCUUACAGGAUUGCUUGCCCAAGAUAUUUGCUGGGAUCUUGAACCCUAUCAAAACGAGUCGUCGUCAUUCACGCAAGAAGAAUGUUUGAAGAAUUUUAAACGUCCACAUGAUGGAACAAGCGGAACACCUCCAACAGUGCAGCUGCAGUGUGUUCGUCGAUCCGUGGUCGGAUUCAACGUCCAAGCUGCCAAGACUGAAGGAAACCCGCUAGUGGUACUCACUCCGAUUAAUUCCACAGCGAUCAACCUGCCAUACAACUUGUUGAUUACUCGAAAGGAAGAGUUCACCACUAUCAAUAUCAUAACACCUGGCCGAUACAAGUCCUGGACGACUUUGCUGAAUUACGAUGGAAGCCACACAGUCUGGAGAAGAGGGCCAGACAUCACAUCGUGGAACAUGACUGGGAAAAUACCGCACAAAAAAUACACGAUUUCCUCAAACAUCGAGCCAAUGACAAUGAAAAAGCCACUCAAUUACAGUUUCAAAGUUGCAGCGACUUUCUCUUGGAAUUCAUUUGAUAAUGAAGAUAUGUGCUUCCAUCUCGUGAACUACUGUGACGGUCGCCUCACUGAAAAGUCAAUAUCGCCUAGUAUGAAUCGCCGCUACGUGCUUUUCGACCUACCUCUGGACACAAGGUGUACACUCAACAUAACCGGAAAAUACGGAGUCACAACUUACAUAUAUCAGACGCCCAGCUGUAAUAAUAUAAGUGAAUGUAUAGAUCUUGAGAAUAUGCGGAAGGCAGAUCUUGAAACGGUGCGAAAGGCAGAUCUUGAGAAGGCGCAGGAGGCAGAUCUUGAGAAUGUGCAAAAGGCAGAUCUUGAGAAGGCGCAGAAGGCAGAUCUUGAGAAUGUGAGGAAGGCAGAUCUAGAGAUGCAGAAAGCAGAUCUUGAGAAGGUGCAGAAGGCAGAUCUUGAGGAUGUGCGGAAGGCAGAUCUUGAGAAUGUGCGGAAGUCAGAUCUUGAGAAUGUGCGGAAGGCAGAUCUUGAGAAGGUGCGGAAGGCAGAUCUUGAGAAGGAGCGUGAGGAAGAUCUUGAGAAAGUGCGGAAUCUCACAAUAGUAGCCAGUGAAGGCGCCACCGGGUGGGACGUGAAGGUGGAGUGGGUGCCGCCCGUCCGCCCAGCGUUGUGGUACAACGUCACACUGUUCGCGCGACACCACUUGAAAAGUCAACAGGUGCCUGGGAAUGCGACGUCCGUGAUUAUCCCGGAAGUAGAAGACAGUGGAUUCUAUGACGUUGCUGUGGGAGCUGUUAAAGCUAAUAGAACGGCAUACACAAGCGCUCAAGCUAUUUUUCCAGAACUGGAGACUGCGAGUGCUCUAGGAACUGUGCUAGGUGGGUCUUGGUCAGUACUUCUGGGCCUGGCAGCUGUUCUGGCAACGUUGCUCUUGCUGUGGAGACGCCGCGCUGCUAAACUUAAGAAUGACUACUUCUCGGAGCCGGAUGACAAGCUGCCUAAAGAAUGGACGGGCGCAGAGUCCGAAAGCGGUGGUACUAGCGGGACCACCGAGGACUCGUGGGAAGUUCGGGAGGGGAGGUUGUUACUGCACGAGGUGGUGGGAGAAGGCGCGUUCGGUGUUGUCCGCCGCGCCACGCUCGCGCCUCACGAGACGCAAGUGGCGGUCAAGAUGCUCAAAGACUUCCCCACAGUGGAGGAGAUCCGCUCAUUUCGUUCGGAGAUGGAGUUGAUGAAGAGCGUGGGUGCGCAUCCGCAUAUCGUGAGCCUGGUGGGGUGCUGCAGCGGCCGCCGGCCCCUCAUCGUGGUGGAGUACUGCGCGCGCGGCGACCUGCUCACAUACCUCAGAUGUUCCUGGGACGUGAUAGUGUCUAAGCGUAACGCCAAAUACUACAAUAACAACAUAGAGAGUUCCGGCUACCGGAACGAUUUGUUCAAAUGCAAACCCGAGGCAGAACACUCCAAGCUGGUAGUCAACAAGAUGUACGACCUUCAAGGGAUAUGUGACAAGGAGCUUACAACCAGGGACCUCCUAUCAUUCUGCCGACAAAUCGCCAUGGGAAUGGAGUUCUUAGCUUCCAAUAGGCUAGUACACAGAGAUCUGGCGGCGAGAAAUGUCCUAGUAUCUGCCGAUAGAACGUUGAAGAUAGCAGACUUUGGGUUAUCUAGAGACGUGUAUCAAGAGAACCAGUACAAACAGAAAGGCAAUGGCAAGAUGCCCAUGAAAUGGAUGGCGUUGGAGUCCCUAACUCAUAAGAUAUAUACUACGCAAAGUGAUGUAUGGUCGUUCGGCGUGGUGAUGUGGGAGAUAGGCAGCGUGGGCGCGAGUCCGUACGCGGGCGUGGCAGGCGCGCGCCUUCCGCGGUUGCUGCGCGCCGGGUACCGCAUGCCGCGCCCCGCGAACUGCCCACAGCAUUUAUAUGAGCUGAUGCUAUGGUGUUGGAAAGCACACCCCCACUCCCGGCCCACAUUCAUCGAGCUACACGCGCGGUUAGACGAGCUGUUAAACUACGCGUGCGCCGACGACUACCUGAGCCUCGAAGACGACACGCCAGAUCAUGUGCCCGCCGUGCCUGCCCGCCCCGCCCACAACUACGUGCGCCUACUGAUCAAAAGCAAGUUGGGCUGGCCACGAGGUGAGACCUACGAGAGACCGCUUCGCACUGUUCAGAGCAACCACUAUACCUCUCCGCACACAUCGCUCGUCCAGCCUGUAUCUUGACACCUAUAGUUUUUAAAAUAAGGACGUGAAUCGAUAAUGCGUUUAUACGAGUUUCAAGUUGGAUGUUUUGAUAAAUCCCAGAAUAUCACAUAUUUCAAGCACGCCCUACACUUCAAGACACACCGUACUCUUUAAGUUACGCUCCUGUCUGUGGCUAUUAUUAUCACAUAAAAUGUAUCAUAAUAGCAAGAUGGUGUAAUAUUUUAUAGCAGCGAAUAUUUUAGAAAGUUCAUAUUGCAGUCAUAUAUCAGUAUAGCACCCUAUUAAAUAUACAGCUCAAAAAUACUAAAUGUGACAAUGAUUGGGUGUAAAUGUUCUCUAGGCUCUGUUGGCUAACUGAUCUUACAAUAACAUCCAGAACUACCUCCGUUAUGUCUUUCUUUCCCAUUGAGUUCCGCAUGGGAAACCCUUUCUGAUUGGUGGAGCGUCAAAGGCGAUGACGAUGAAUACAUCUUCUAUACAGAUCUUUGGUAUUCAGAUCACCAACAAUCCAAUAUAUAGUAAAAGUUGCGCCCUAAGUGUAGUCCGGAACCAAGUUAUACUAAUAACUAAUAUUUAUUAAAAGAUUGAAUAUUAAUCAAAACAAGUAUGAUUUAUGGCCUAGUAUCCAACCUGACUUGACAAAACCUAAUAUACUUGUAACAUGAAAAAAAUGUAAGAAUUUCUUAUGAGUUAUUUCAUACAUAAUGUAUACGAUUAUUUUUAGUUUUUCUUUUACAUUAAGUUUUUAAACGUAUACGCACUAAUUGAUCUCCUAAAACAUGAUUAUGAGUGUCAUGUUUACAUUUUUGUCAUAGUUAUAUGUGUUUCAUAUAGUAUGAUGUGCCUAUAACAUGACUAUGUCUCAAUGAGAUAAUGUGAUAGUUCUCUAUAUAGUAUAUAAGAUUACUUUAAAUAAUUAUGUUCGUAAUAUGUCCUAAUGUAAUUGGAAUUUAAGUAGUUUCUACUUUAUAUGUUACCUUACAUCAAACAAACAGGGUAGAAAUGUUAAUUAGAUAAGUUUAUAAACAUAAACAAAGAAAUUCCAAAUAAAAAUAAUUGUAAUGAGAUUUCGAAAUAAAAAAUGUUUCAAAUAAAUCAUAAUUAUAUUAUUUUUAUACAUUCCACAAUGAUAUAACUUAUCCUAAAUACAAAAAUAUCCAUAUUGAUCAUUUUUCUCAGCAUCAAAGUGGUGCCCAUAUCAGACUUGCUUACCUUUGAUUCUACGGGUUCCGAAUUAUUAUACAAUAUAAAAUAGCAUAACGAAAUGUCCAGGAACUAUAUGAAAUAAAAAUUAGAAUUCGGAACACGCUAAACCAACUCCUUCCAUGUUCCAUUACUCUUAUGACACACGGGACGUACAAAUGUGAGCAAAACAUAAGAAUGAUUCAUAACUUUCUCUAAAACUAGCUGCUUAACCGAUUAUGAUAUGGGUAUAACGAAUAAAAAACUGUAUUUUUAAUGUAUCACACUUAAAUUCUUAUAUUACAUUUAAUAAUAAGCCAUAAUUUUGAUUAAUUUUGUUAUUGUUUUUAAUUCAUGAUUGCUUUUCUCGUUAACAAUAAUUUGCAAAACAACUAGAUUUGUUUUUAGACGUAUGAAAUAAAAACUAUGUGUCUUAAUCUCAAGCGAGAUGCAAGAUCCGCCAAGUUAUAGCGACAAUAAACUGUGUUUAUUGCAUUUACAUUUCUCAAAUAUAUAUCGCGUAUUCGUUACGACAAGCAACAUCAUGGUAUACCAACAAGAAUCUACAAAAAAUAUAACUAAACACAAGUGCAUUACAAAUUAUAACUAUAUACUAUAUUAAUACAAUUUAACGGAAUACAAAUCAAUAAUGAAUUUCGCUUACAUGCAUAAUUCAAAGGAGUGUAAAUUUAAUAGGAAUGGCAAGAUCACCUAGUAUAACAAACUUCUAAAAACGUUGGAAAAUUAAGUUACUCUCUUGUAUUUAGUAUUAAUUUAAAUGUUUUACAUAUAUAAUUGUUUAACAUAAUAUAUAUACCGAAAAAUAAAGAACAAUACAAUACAAUAAAACAACAGAGGCAUACCAUUUAAAUCAAACAAUGUAAUUGAAUGGCGUUCAAAAUCUACGAUAAACGAUUUUGGGACUCAGCAUUAGUCACAUAAUAUAAUUGAAUUGAGUUAGGUAUACAUCAGUACGAAAUAUCUGUCUGGAUUCGAAUAAGAACAUUACUAAAAAGUUUGAAUCAAAACUUUUGUGAAUAUUUUAUAGAGCAUCUUGAACAGGAAAGAGAAGUUAACAAAAUCCUAACUUUGAUAUAUUUUAUUUAUUGCAGUAGCAUUUUCAAUAUUAACAAUUAGUCACUGGGGAAACUGACAGAUGUUUUUUUUUAAAUAAGAAUUACUGGCGAAACGGACGCAUCGAGUAUUCUGUCUCAUACUUUGAAUCUCUGUAGGUAUAUACUAUUGUUACAAAAGUGUGAACUCUACCCCGAUAUCAUUAUAAAUCUUAACUCUAAAACAUAGAAGAUUACACGUGUGUAAUAAUAUGUGCCUAUUGAGGCGAGAUCAGCUCGAUCGACAGUGACAAAGCUCGGCACAGCCAAAAAUAAUGUUGCAGUUCUGCGCGUGCGCUUUUAAACAGUUACAUAAUUAUAUCAACAGACACCUUACUUUAUUGCAACCGAUUGGCUAUACACAGCUAAACACAUCUAUUCAUAAUACACAAUCGACUUUGGCUGAUAAUACUAACAAUUCUCUUAUCUACUGGUAAUAUUGUGUAUUAACUCGUAUUCAAAUACCAAUACUCAUAGUACAUUUAUAUCUAUCUUUUUUAUACAUAAGUACAUGCUGUGAGUUUUAGCAAUUAGAAAUGAUAACAAAAUUAUAACUAUGUUCAUAUACAUACAUGCAUAUAAUUAAAAACCCCUCUCUCACACUGAUAAUAAUCUGUAAUAAUAAUAGUUCGUAAGAACUAUUUCAUUGGGUUUCAUUUCACGCUUGUGUAAACUCCGUGUUAGAUACGGCCAAUUUAUUAUCAAUACAAUGUCUAUCAGCCGUUUCGUAUUUUUUUUUUUACAUUUAUUACCUUGCAUAUUUUAUUUAUAUUUUUAUUAUUCUUAGGAAGAAAACAGAAAAUUAAGUUACUCUGUCAAAUUUGUUUAAUUUAAAAAUGGUUAUAAAUAGUUUCGAUGUUUGUUUUUUUUUUUGUUUUGAUACUUGAUGUGCCAUUUGAAUAUGAAAUAGGAAAUUUGAUAAAAUCAUAGUCAUCAGAAUUUAGCAUGAUUAUAAUGACAGACAUACUCUAAGCACACGCAUUUUUCAUUGCGUGAAUUAAGGUCGGGCAGUAUUUUCAGAUAAAUACACGAAUUCAGUAAUUCUCGCUUUUCAUUUAAUUACAAUAAAUGUCUAACUAAUAUAUGUCUAUCUACUCAUUUCUAAUAAUAAUAACGGGUAAAAUAUCGCCAAAGGUCUUCCACAUCUGUCAUUCUAAUCAUUCUACAUUUAUUCAAAAAAAAUCUAUUGGUUUUGAACUGGUACUAAUUAAGGGACAGUUUAAAACGAAUCAUAACAGGCGGUAUUAUACAGAUUUAUUUGAAAUGAAAAAGUAAUCAUGUCAUCAGUGUAACCAAGGCUUUAUAAGGCCGAGUGCAGAUGACUUGACAAGUAUGCCCAACGACAAUAUUUCUGCCGGGAAAUUGUCGAUGCAAUAACAACAUUUAAGACGCCAAUAGCCUCUCCUUAAUAGAACUCAUGUUUGCAGAUACUACAAUAAUCCGAUACUACAGCAGUCAGAAUCCGCGGUGUGAUUUACAUACCAGCGAAUUUGGCGGUUGAAAGUGAGUUUGUUCUUACAGAACUCCGAUAGUAGAGUAAGUUAGAUCACCUUAAAAUGAACGUUACAUAAUACUAUUCUCUAAAACAAUUUUUAUAAUGUUACCAGCAGCGAGUUAGUUCCUCACGAAUAAAGGCUAUUAAAUCCAGUUCCAUUUUACUUCCUGUCCCCUAGCAUGAGCACCCCGAUACACAUUAUAUCACGUUUUUAUCACGUCUAACUGUCAAAGUCUAUAGUAGUUUGACAAGUUAGCGUGAUAAAAACGAGCCAUAUAUCAUAUUACGGUGCUCAUGCUAAGGCGUUGGUAUUGCAAGCGUCUAUAUCUAUACCAUAAUGCACGGCCGUAAGCAUUAUUCCGACCUUCUCAGACAAAGAUCGCGAGAGAAUUUCCUGUCCGCCGUAUAUGGCCUGCUAUAAAUGUGUUCCUCUUAUUUUUCAAAUGGCAACCCACUCCUUUUGUUUAGGGAUGAUUUUGCCAGCGUCACGUUAUCCGACAUACGAAAUGUUUUAGUGUUAGUGUCAUAGUAUAGCGUUGCGCUUACGCGAGCGAUGUGGAGGGGAUUGUUGCGUAGUUUUCGGUCAGUCUAUGGGCGGCGGCUGCGCGGGAAUAUUCGACGGCGGCGCUGUUAGGUAUCCAGCCGUGUGAGGUGCACCUG